UCAUUGCGCGCGCCAGUGGCCACUCGGUCGAUUUAUCCAACAAGUGCCCGUCCGUUUUUCUCUUUCUCCAACCUUCUCCGGCACAGCUCAACGAUUUUUCUUUCUCUUUGAAAUGUCAAUUACGCAUGUUAGUUUCAUUCAAACGACAGCGGAGUGGAGGAACGUGUUGACAUAAACCUUGCUUGUUUAUUGACCGGACGAGCCAACUUUUAGGGAAUAAUUGAACAUGGCGAUGUGCUUGUUAAAACGUUUGCGGCGUCCCGGUCGUUAAAGUGUCAUCAGUUGUCAUUUUUCCUUCAGUUUUCUUUGUUUUACGUUUGAUUUAAGUUUAAUACGUUUAGUCUGUUUUUGUUUCGUAUAAUUAAAAACACUUAUCACAACGGUAAAGAGGUGUGUCGGCGGAGAGAGUUUUGACAGGAAAGUAAUGGAAAAUGAUGAGCCCGCAUCGCCGGACCCGAACCAUGACAACACUCAGAGUAAAAGAGGAAAUCCAGUGCACAAGAAAUCCCAUUUAACUCAGAUUGAGGUGAUCCCAUGUAAGAUCUGUGGAGAUAAGUCAUCAGGGGUUCAUUAUGGAGUUAUCACUUGUGAGGGCUGCAAGGGCUUCUUCCGCAGAAGUCAGUCCUCCAGUGUGCAGUACUCAUGCUCCAGACAGAGCAACUGCCCUAUUGACCGUGCCAGCCGUAACCGCUGCCAGAGCUGCCGCCUCAAAAAAUGUGUCGCUCAGGGAAUGAGCCGCGACGCGGUGAAGUUUGGCCGUAUGUCUAAGCGUCAAAGAGACUCGCUAUUUGCAGAAGUCGAGAGACAUCGGCAGCAGCAGCGUCUUCAGGCCAACUCUCUCCAAGAGCCCCAGCCUCUCCCAGCCUACCGUUCCGGCAAAGAGCCCAGAGAACAGUCAUCACAUCUCAUCCCACCUCUACCUCCAGCUUACCCUUAUUCUGUAGAGCCUGAACUGCAAGGCUGCCCUCCAGAGGUGCAUCCAUACCUGGAGUGUCGCAUAGGCGAGGCCCAGGCUCAGAGUCUGGCCUGCAGGGCCUCUCACAGGAGAGGUGAGAGCAACAGCUUAGCUGGGAGAGGGUUUGACUCCACAAGGUCUACACCAGAGGCUAUUCUGAACAUGAGCGGCAGUGAAAUGGGGUUUCGUCCUUUUGACCCUGAGAGCUCGUUCUUUUCUUUUCCGACAUCUCUGCACAUAGAGGAGCUCUCUGCAAGUAUCGUACGUUCUCACAGGGAGACGACUCAGUAUCGACCUGAGGAGCUGCAGGCUCUCAGAUGGAAGGUUUUUAGCAGGGAGGAGAUCCACGCUUACCAGAGCAAAUCAGUGGAUGAGAUGUGGCAGCACUGUGCAGUGCGGUUGACCGAUGCUGUUCAGUACGUGGUGGAAUUUGCUAAACGUAUCCCAGGAUUCCGUCAGCUUUGUCAAAAUGAUCAAAUUGCUCUCCUCAAGAGUGGGUCCAUGGAAGUGGUUCUGGUCCGGAUGAGUCGGAUGUUUAACACAGAAAACAACACAGUAUUCUUUGACGGCAAAUUUGCAGGAACAGAACUUUUCAAAUCUCUUGCAUGUGGCGAUCUCAUAGCUGCUGUAUUUGAUUUUGCUCACAAUCUCUGUGCGCUGAGACUGACUGAACAGCAGAUGGCGGUGUUCACUGCACUGGUCCUCCUCAAUGCAGUAGAUCGACCGUGUCUGGAAGACAGAGAACGAGUGCAAAGAGUAAGAAGAGAUGUGGAACUUGCCCUAAGUCACAUUCUGCACAGAGACAAUCAGGAGAGUCUACUGCAUAAGCUGUAUCAAAGAGUGCCGGUGCUGAAGUCUCUGUGCACACUGCAUAUUGAGAAACUGCGAUGGUUCCGGCAGCUUUACCCUCUCACGGUGCAUUCCCUCUUCCCUCCGCUAUACAAAGAGCUGUUUGGCUCCGACACAGAUAUACAAACACUGACUACUCAUUGAAAACACAGAUGGACAUUUCAUUUGCAAAUGUACAAAUGAAAUGACAUCACACACAACACACACACCCAUAGUUAUGUAUGUGUUUGCAAUCAAGAUCUAAAUAUAUUAUUUACCUGCUGAAGAAAUUAAAUAUAUUUUUGUAACUCUCAGAAGAAAUAAUGUUAACAGAAGUAUACAGUAUUUUGUGCAAAUUCUAUUCUGUAGGCCAAAAGCAAAAUAUUACUACAAAUGCGCUUCAGUUUGAGUAUUCUUAAACUUGUUUUUGUCUGAGGAUGUAUUUGAAUGUUUUUGAAGUUUUGGAUGAUCCUAGCUGGUACAAAGGAGCUUAGCUCUGAUCAUUAGAAUGCAAACAGAUUACUAACAAUGAUAUUUUUAGAUCUCAAAGCAUCGUUGAAUGAACUUGGAUCUUUGAACUGAUGACAUUAGCGACUGUGGAUGAUUUUCAAGCUUCAUUUACAACAUUAGAGUCCUCGUCUGUCCUCCCUCUUGAUUUCUCAGGCAGUACAGAGAGAUGCUUAUGAUUUCUGCUACUUAUAGCCUAUUACAUUAUUGCAUUAAUUUAAAUAUGAGCAUUUAUUUUGACACCUUACGUGUCAGCUUUUUUGUACUUCCCUCUUAUUAAAGCUUGUCUUGGCACUUAAUGCUUAUCUUUCAUUCAUUUCAUAUGGAUUUCAAAAACAACAGGUUGUUCCACGAUGAAGUCACCAUUCCUUUCAAACAAACCAUCUUAAGAUGUGUCUUCUGAUUUCUCUGUUUAUUUAAUCAUUUGAAUAAUUAUCAUACUUGCAGAUUUGACUGUAUUUAUGUUCAAGGGUCUAAAAAUGUAUAGAAAAUAUGAAGCUCUUAUUCAAUAUGCUUGUGUAGAUGCUUAGAUUGAGAACAGUUCUAUUUUGUCUUAAUUGCACAGUUUAAUUUGUGGAACAAAUGUGCAUAUGUUUAUUUGCAGGAGUAUGUGUGCUUUUUUGUUCCAUGUUGUAUUUUGUGUCAGCUUUAACUUAUCGCUCACACAGUUGAUGAAGCUGUUAUUGUUUCGGUUUUGUUCUGUUUUGGAGCAUAAAUGCUUGCUGUUUUGUUGUUUGGAAGAAAAGGCCUCAAAUAAACUUCUGAAAAGUGUAAAGGGUGGAACUGUAUCGAGGAAAAA